CUGCCAAGCAUUGGUUCAUAUCUAUAUGUAAUCGGAGCCAGCAAAUGUAAAAAUGGCCCAAGGCGCUGUGCUUCUGCCUUUAUGCUUUCUUAUCGCGGUGUUAAUUGCCAAAGGAAUCACCUCUGAGGCUGCACGCGGUCAGGACAACCUGCUUACUUAUGACAGCUUACAUCCAGAAACUGCAAAGGCUACUGGUCAGCUUCCCAAAAGCGAUGCCCAUGUUGAGAUCGUCAAUGCUGACGCAUCUCAGUUUCCUCAGAAGCAGCGCCUUGGCGUCGAUAAACUAGGUGACGUUAGCGAUAUCGGAACCGACGAGGAUGGGCUAAGUGACGUGAGCUUCCUGCUGCUUGGCGCGUCCCCAGCCCCUGAUGGGGAGGCGUUUUGCAGCCGGAAGCGCUAUCGCAAACGCACGCUCAAGGUAGUCAAGGAGAUGCCCUUCGCAGGCCUCUUCCCAGAGCUGCAGCGCAUCCGCCGGUUCGAGGGCAGUGGGGUGACACAUGCCAACGGCUCCUACUACGUGGUGUUCGACAGCCUCAGGUCGCUGGGUCAGGUGGACCUGCGCUUUAGCUUCCGCGGGCCUGAGAACCGGCUGGUGGGGGCGGAGGGCGGCGAGCAGGAGAGCCAGUUCGAGGGUAUUUCCUACAACGAGCCCACGGGCACGUUUUUCGUCGUCCGGGAGUCCUUCCAACACGACGCGCAUGGACUCGUUCCCGUGACGGAGGAGCUGCAACUGACGGGAGGUGGAAGCACGUACAAGGUCCUGGAGCGCUGUCCCGUACGGUUUCCCCUUCAGGACGUCAACAAGGGUUUUGAGUCGUUGGUGGUUUACGAAAAGGACGGAGUACGACACUUGCUGGGCCUUUGCGAAAGCAACUUCUGUGCAACGAUUCAUGGACCCGAUGCGCCUGGCCUGCAGAGGGGUAAUGGGCGGUUGGUUUGGGCGAGGUACCGCGCUGUGGCGGGUCCGAAUGACGAGUGCAGUUGGGAAGUUGAAAAGGUCAUCGACUUGCCGAGCGACGUCUACUUUGUCGACUAUUCAGCCAUCGCCUUCCGUACGGCAGCUUCAGGCGGCGGAGAUGCGCCGUACGGAGUAGGCGUUACGGAUGUGGCGGUUGCCAGUCAGGAGGAUGCGGCGGUGUGGGUGGGGACGUUUGACUGGGAGACCAUGGAGUUUGUAACGCCGCAGCCGCAGCAGGCGGAGCCCGCCCCCGCGGGUCGCAUCUACCACUUUCCUCGCACCGGCGACUGUAGCAAGCAAUACUGCAAUGUGGAGGGGGUGGCGUGGAUUGACGCUGAGCGCCUGGUGCUGACCAGCGACAAGUCCAAGAGCACCCAGGACUGGAGGUGCAUGGACAAGGACCAAUCCGUGCACAUCAUGGCUCUGCCGUAAUGCUAAGCGAAGUAGCGUGCCGUAUAUACGGUAGAUGGCUUUGUCGUGCUUGUUAGCGACGUUGGUAUUGCCGUCAUUGCCAUGCAGAGCCGCGGUUUAUUUCCCGUACGAGCCAAGGCAUUGCCUUGGGGGUUAAUGAGAAUCGCGACUAGAUGACAUAUGUCGUACAAGACAUGGCUUUGCCGUAUGGUUGUGGAUAUGUUAUUUGGUACUUCUGUCCCGCCCUACCGCAUAGCCGUUGCGUUAGGUUACGAUUGCUUACAGUCUGCCGUUCCCGUACAAAAGCAACAUUGUAACCUAUCCGUAUGG